AUGGAUAGAGUAACUCUAGAAAUUAAAGACAAGGAUGAAACAGAGUAUUAUGAAGUUUGGGAUAAGUUGUACUAUUGCUUAGACUUGAGGAGAAAAAAGAUUUCCACUCUAAAGGAAGAGAUUACUGAAGCAUUAAAAAAGCAUCUCUUGAUGAAUUUCAGCCUAGCAAACAUGAAUGCUACAGCAGAUUAUUUGGACUAUGAUUAUAGCAGAAUUUUCCGUAAAGACCAAAUAAUAUCCAACUAUUUUAAAAAUAUCAUGGUGUUUAUCGCAUUGAUCAUCUGCUGUAUUGGAGCCCCUUUAAAUGGAAUUGUUAUCUGGCUGCUUGGCUUCCAAAUUAAGAGAAACCCUUUCACAGUAUUGAUUCUUAAUUUAGCUAUUGCCGACUUUGGGUGUCUCAUCUUUAUGACUAUAUAUUUUAUUGACAUUUUUAUAGGUUUUAUACAGCCAGGAAUUUCCCAGCAAAUCUUCUAUUCUCUCUUCAAUGUUACAUAUAUCAAUGGUCUGUUUCUUCUGACAGCCAUCAGCAUGGACCGAUGCGUGUCUGUCCUUUUCCCAAUCUGGCAUCGCUGUUCCCGGCCAAAAUAUUUCUCCCCUGCUGUCUGCACCUUCCUCUGGAUCUUAUCUUUCCUCCUGCUGGGAAUUAGCAGCAGUCUUGGUAAUUUAAUUAUGUCUUAUACCCUCUAUAAUCUCUACUUGGUCGUGACUGCUGUGCUCUGCCUUCCAUUGACCACAACCUCUACUGUGAUCCUAUUCAUCAAAAUAUGUCUUAAAUCAAAACAGCUCAAACCACGAAGAAUUUUAGUGAUGAUCUUAAUUACUCUUCUCUGUUUUCUUAUUCUUACACUCCCAUUAUAUAUCUAUGUGUUCAUUAUUUAUUUUAUUCAGAAGUGGUAUUUGAUUGAUAUUAAGGAAAUAGAGUUCUACUCCAAUCUGUGUGCUUCUCUAAACUGCAGCGUUAACCCAGUGAUCUAUUUUCUGGUUGGGAGAAAGAAAAAAGCUCGCUCUAGGGAGAGCAUCAAGGUCAUUUUUCAAAGAGUUUUCAGGGAAGACGAAGCUCCUGAAAUCUGA